AUGCAGAAUGCUUUGUACAUUUUCUUAAAACGUCGCUGGGAGCAGGAUGAGAGCUAUCUUAACACAGUGCUCAGUUAUUUUGUAGAUUCAUCAGCUUGUUUACAGCUUCUUCUGUUUCCAGAGGGUACCAACCUUGAAGAAGGCAGCAAAGUUAAGAGUGACUCAUUCGCAGAAAAAAACAACCUUCCAUGUUACGAUUAUGUAUUGCAUCCUCGUGUCCGAGGAUUCACUUAUUGCAUUGAAAAACUUCGUCAAGGUAGACUAGAUGCAAUUCAUGAUGUCACAAUUGGCUAUUCACAAAACUACUGUUUUCAAGAAAUGGACCUACUCAAGGGAAAUGUUCCUGAUGAAAUUCAUUUUCAUCUUCGACGUUACUCUGACAAGGAGCUUCCUCGAGAUACGAAAGGUCUGGAAGCCUGGUGCUGUGAACGUUGGGAAGAAAAGGAAGAGAGACUGAAAAAUUUUUACACUAAAAGCAAACAGUUUGGACCCCCUCCAGAGUUGGCUAGCGAGACUGAAAUCACUGUUAGAUAUCUCUUUCUGAAAUGCUUGAUAUUUUGGGUAGCAUUCGCGGUCUGCAUUUCACUUCUGCUGUAUGCAUCUGUGCUUGCAAGAUGGUAUGUGUUCUUCAUUGGGGCUACUCAAGUUGUGCUGUCACUUUUUGGAGGAACUGACAAAAUAUUUUUACAGAUGCAGAAACCACUUAGUAUAAAGGCCAACUGAAGGAAUAAUUAGAAGUUGCAGCAAUUAUAGUGGGUGUAAUUCAUUUGACCUAAAUUUCUGAAACUUUCAGUCCAAAAUUAGAUGGAUCAUUUGGUACAGCUGGAAAAAUUUUGGUUGGAUUGGUCUCAGGAAAUUUGCCAUUCCAUUUGACUACAGUAAAAUCAUGUGACUCAGAACCAGAGUUUUUCCAAGUUAGCCUAAACAGGUUCUUAUAUAAAUGGAAGUUAGCACAAAUUAAGGCUGUUUAGGUUCUUAAGUAGGUUCUUUCUUCUUUCUGAAGAAAAAAAUACAAUAUAACUAAGAGUAUGAACAAUGAAAUUUACAUUGCAGUUGGGGAGAUAAGGAACCUAUGUCUCCAAAGAGGAUUGUGAAUGUUAACUUAUCUCAUUUGCCCAAGUCUACAUAAUUUUUUCAAAGAUUUUAGAAAAUAAAAAAGCUCUUUCAAAUUUUUGGCUAAACAGGUUCUUAUGUAGAGGGGACUGAACUGGCAAAUUUUAGCCUAACAGGUUCUUAAAAUCCAUGUUCUUAGUUGCGGGGUUUUACUGUAUUCCCACUUCCCAUGUCCAAAACUGACUGGAUUAGUUUGAUUCAACUGAUUCAGGGUGUUAAUUUAUCCCAGAGAGAAAUAAAACAAGAUCGCUCAUUUUUUCAUUGCACUUGCCUCUGAAAUAUUUCAGAAAUUUGAUCAGAAAUUUUUGUUGAAUGGAGUGCACAAAGUGAUUGCUGAUACAAUAAUAAUAAUAAUAAUAAUAAUAAUAAUAAUAAUAAUAAUAAUAAUUUAUUUUAAAUGUUUUUUGAAUUAUGAGUUUUUGCAAAUAACAGAGUAUAAUUGCUUCUUAGCCCCUAAGACUUACGAGUGAUCACCAUCUUUCUAGUCGUGAAAUAAAUUCUUCUCAUAAAUACUAAAGAAAAUGUAUGGCAAGCAGUAUGGAGAAUAUGUAUAGUGAUAUCAGUCUUGAAAAGGUCAAGUCAUGUGACAUGUUGUUUCACUGUUUCAAGCUGUUGUAUUUCUGGGGGCAUUUACCCUCUAGUAGCCUGAACUCUAUCAGUUUGAAUAUUGAUUUCUGGUACUAAGUUUCAAGAUUUAGGGGUGCAAACAUCUCAAAAGAAAAAUUUAAACUUUUGAUGUGUUGUUGAUGAUGAUGAUGAAGGUGGUGCUGUGUUGGUGAUGAUGACAGUGAUGAUAGUUGUGAUGGUGAUGAUGUUAACAGUAAUGAUGGUGGUGAUAAUAUUGGUGGUGUUGGUGAUGAUGAUGCUGAUGAUAGUGAUGUUGGUAAUGGCAAUGAUGGCUAUGAUGAUGGUGAAGUUGAUGCUGAUUGUGGUAAAAGUACAUGUGGUGGAGAGGGCAAUGAUGGUGGUGAUGAAGCUGAGUUGUUUUGGUGAUGAUGGUAGUGAUAAUGGUGGUGAUGGUAGUGGUAAUGAUGGUGAUGAUAUUGAUGGCAGGUGGUUAUGCUGAUUGUGGUAAAGGUACAUGUUGUGCAGAUGAUGAUGGUAGUGGUAUUAUGCUGUGGUAGGAAAGGUGGUGAAGAUGACAAUAAUGGCGAUGAUGAAGGUGGUUUUGGUGAUGAUGGUGGUUAUGGUAUGUUAUGAUGGUGAAAGUAGUGGAGAUGAUAAUGGUGACGAGGGUGGUAACGGUAUGCUAUGGUGGUGAAAUUAGUGGGGUGUCGGUGAUGAUGAUGGGUGUGAUGGUAUGCUAUGGUGGUGAUGGUGUUUAUGAUGAUGAUGGUGGUGAUGGUAUGCUGUGGCGGUAAAAGUAGUGGAGAUGUCAAAAAUGGUGAUGACGAUCUUGACAAUGACAUAGAAUAAUACAAAGUUUCUUACCGUUAUUCUUCAUUUUAUUGUAUAUUACAACUAAGAAAAUUGUAAAGAAAUUCUGAAUAACUAAUAUUUAUUAACAGAAUAAGCGUUAAAGCAGAUUUGUAAACUUGAGAUUGUACAGUCAUCUUGUUGAUGAAAGUUUGUGUUUGUUACCCUUUGGCAAUAAAGUUAACAAACGAAAUAAAACUUUGAGAUUAUGAGAUUAGCACCAUAGCAUCUUAGCUCGUUUUCUAGGUGACUGGUACAAUGCUUGCUCAUUUUUGGAAGUGGGAAUUUUUGCCUUUUUCCUAAGAAAGCCCAUGCAUUUCUGAUCAGCAAGGUUACAUACUGCCAGGAAGAUAAAAAUACUGAAUUUGAACAUGGUGCUCAUUUGCUCCUUCCCUUCAUAUCAUAGUGGAUUGUUAACGCCACUAUUUGGCAGUUUUUCUCCUUCUUGUUGAUGGCUAACAAAUCUGGCCUGCUUGCAAUCUCGUUCCCAGGGUUCUCUCCUACCGGUCCCUAGGGGUAGGAGAGAGAACCGGGGAACAAGGUUAGCCCGCGUGCUAAAUAUGGUCUGCAUGAAGAAUCAUUUUAAGACUGUUUACAGUCCCUUAUUUUCUGUAAGUUCGUCGGGAUCGAGUACUUACCCUCACAGGCAACUACCGGGGCUUCAAAUGCGGCGGGUACAAAACGAAGAUCACAGGUCACAAGUGCAGGUUACAGUACAGGUCACCAUGCUACGGUAAAUAAACAACACUUAAAGUGUUUCUAAGCCCUAAUCACAAUCCGAAAUAGAGUUUUAGCGUAACGGGAAACUGCUUAUCUUAGUUAUUAAUCAAUAGAGCAAUGACCUGCUCUUGUGACCUGUGGCCUGUGUAUUGUACCUGUCACUUGAAACGUACAGUGGGGAGAGGGAGGCGAGAAAAAUAAAAUUAAACAAAAAAAAUCUCGGCUCUUCCCAAUCCGUCCCCCGUCGCUGUAGUAGAUUUGAUGCUCAUCCCUAGCGAGAUUGGGUACAGCAACCAGGGUGGCCGCCCUUAAGGGUCGGUGCUCGACCCCGACGAUCUUACGGGAAAAUAGGGGACUGGGAACAGUUUAAAUCAUUUUCAAGUGUGCUAUGGACAAAAUGUUAACUUUGGCAGACAAUGCGCCCUCUUCAUCGCCAUUUUCGUUGAUUUUUUACUGAUCAUUUAAUCUUUAUUUGAAGGGGUCUAAAAGAAACCACAGGGGCCGAAUAUUCAGUCAAAAUAGCGAUGUAGAUCAAUCGAAGUAAACUUUCAAUUUUUUUUUUAAACUUUCAAAGAGAAGAGAUAUAAAUACAGAAACGUUAAUGUUACGUUAAUAGGCCAAUAAAGCACUCCAUUCAGCCAAUGAGCUUCCAGAAUUUCGCAAAGCGCACAAAGUUUGAUUAUUGGUCAGUGUUAAUUCAUAAUUAAAGAGAAACACAAAUACAUCUUCCUUCAUUAGGCUGAGCUAGGCUAACAGAAUUCCUUGAUCAUUUCGCCGUUUAGUUUUGUCGACAUUGGUUCCCCGUCUAGUACGUGCCGUGAUUAUCUCAUAUAUGCUCUUCUAAUGACUUCUUUUGUUUCGUCACUCUAUUAUUGAGAGAAAUUUAUUGAGGACCUCCCAGCGGAAGGGUUCUUCAAUCCCACCAAAAUUCUCGCUCAGGGCUCGGGCCCGACGUUCUUUACGGCUUAUCCCGAUCAUAAACGAACGUUUGAAAGAGUAUCUUGUAGAGGAUCGUAGAGACCUAGCGGAAAUAAUCGUAUAGGUAAACCGGGCCCGAAUGCUUCUGAGUGGCGCUUCCUCGUUGCCUACUUAUUUCCCUAUACCUGUGUUUUAAAAACUGAAACCAAGGUUCUCCUUUCCUAGUUUUAACUGAGCGAGCCAAAACUAAAGCCUCAUUCACAAAAACAAAACUCUUUUAAUUAACCAAGGUUAAAAAAAAAAAUGAAAAUUAGGAGCAGCAAACUGGAAGGCUGGCUUUUGCUAAAAAUUCAAGUGAGCUUCAAAUUGUGACUUUCCGCUUGUGUUGACUUUGUAGUCAACCAAAAAUAACAAGUAAGCAUGCAGCUUUGAUGAUGCCGGAUAAUUUUAAACCGUGUUUAACUCAACCGCAGCUUUGAAAACGUGUUUAAUAAGCUCCAGUGUGAAACACGCCGGGCGCAUUGCAUAUAAAGUUCUUUCAUCGACAAAAUACCCUAAUGUGUAAAUCGAUAGUGACAAGUUUGUUGUGAUCUAAUAAUUUCAGUCUCAAAUCCGGGCUUUUUCUCUCUCAAGGGGAAUCAACACUGAAUCAACAGUUGCUUCGCACCGGGAGAAGUGAGGCUUUUUCUCUUUGGCCCACAUAUGAAAAGAGGUAACGACCGCAAAUUCUAAAGUAAAGGCGUUGAAAAAAAUCCCCUUGUUGUUUUAUCUUUUUAUUUGUUUAAUAGCAGGUGUCUGAGAUGGCUUCUAAACUCUCAGGUGCUUUGUUCCUUGCUGGGAGUUGUUGCCCCAGUCGUCACCCUUAUCAUUAAACGUAAUCUUAGGCUGUCGUCCAACAUACCGUAACGCUAACAGUUCAAAUAAGACGUCCCCGUAAAACAAAUGCUGUGUAUUUAGCCAAGCAACUUAGUCAUCCCGCGCUCAGUUUACGCGAGUGUUUUUUAUUAUACCGAAGAGCAGGUUUUUUUUCUAAGCUUUGUUUAUGAUCAGUUUCACAGAUGCCCGCACACGUGGCCGGAGAUGUAACUCUCAUCGCUGUCCGCAUGUCAUUGAAUACUAA